AACGGAGUUCAGUGGGUUAUAGCACCACAUGAUUUGCAUAUAUCGGCGGGUUAUGCGGUCUCGGUCUUGAUGGUCAAUCAGACAAUUCUUGCCAUCUCAGAAGAAGGAAACUUAUACCAGAUGCAAUUGGGUGACAACUUGCAGCCAAUCUGGGUGGAGUUCAAGCCUGCAUUUGAUCUAAGUACAAAUAAAGAAGUAGACCAGAGCUCAGUGGUUCAGAUAAAGUCCGGUACUGUUUCGUUCGAUGGGGUGAGAGUUUAUUUCUGCACAAAGAAUGGCUUGUUGCUAGAGCUCAGUGAGGUUGAGCCUCUGAGGUGGGAGAAUCAUGGCCGACCAUCGGCAGCAGAUGUCGCAGCAAUUGCUGACGCGGGAAGAAUUAGAACAGAAGUAGUAUAUACAAUAAGUUCUGCAGGUGACCUUUAUGAAUAUGAUAAGAGCUCGAGGCCAUCGUGGAAGAAGCAUCUACGGAGUGAAGAAACAGCAAAAGAGGGCUCUCUAGUACCAUUAACGGGGAGCUCGAUACAUGGCUCGAAUGAUCACUCUGUAUCGUUGUUUCUCCUAACAAAGGGAGGAAAAUUGGUAGAGAGACGACUGCAUCAAAGGAAAUGGAAAUGGAUAAAUCAUGGAAGUCCUGAAGAUCAACACCUGACAUCUAUUACUCCCCAGCCGGAAGAUGAACCAAAUGAAAGAUUCGUCUCAUUAUAUCUCACUACAUCCACUGGAUCAGUUUUUGAGUAUAGAAUACCAAACCAUUCAGGUACAACUCAAGAAAACCAAAUUUCAGUAGCAUGGCUGAAUCAUAUGCAUCCACCAAAUACAAAAGCUGCAAGAGGUAUUGCAGGACUAAAAUAUCAAUAUGGGAGGACACUCUUUGCACUAGACGAUGGUAGACUUGCAGAGUUACAUAUACCUGGCCUAGGUGGUGAAAAUUCAGGGCCAACACCUCAAUUUAACAUGCGAAAAAAAGUAUCCUCCAAGUAUGUCUGGUCAAUAUUAGAUGCCCCAGAGACAGAAGGAUGGAAUGCAGAGUAUUGUUCAGAAGAACGAGGACCUUUGAAUUGCAUAGCAGGUAUAAAAGAUGAAAUAAAUGAUGCUGGAAAAACAAGAUCCCUGUCAAGGAGAAAAAAGGGUAAUAAAGCACACGAGGACUACUUAUAUCCAGGCACAUCCAGGAGUAGACUAGUGAAAACGUCAGAAAAAUACAGUUUCCCAGAUAAUUGGACCAACACUAAUUUCCGACUGAGGAUGAUGCAAGCAGGUGAAUCGUUUUUUAUCGUCACAGAUGAGGGUUUGAUCUUUGAAUAUCUUUACCUGAAAGUGUAUGGCUCUGGUUAAGACACGAUCAUCCGACACCUAUGAGAGGUUCCCUGGGAAACUACAAUGGAAGUUUAUUUUUUGUUGACAUGUAUGGAACCUUGCUUAUCAGAGAAAGGAGCAGCAACGAGCUAGCAUGGAUAAACUGCACUGCAAUGAGGAAAGGAACGCAAGUUAUGGCAGGCCCUCCUUGGGAUGGUAUGCCGGGUAAAAUGAAAGUCACAGCGGAAGAUGCUCUCUUCUUUGUGAGCAAAAUUGGAAGGCUAAUGCAGUUCACGGUUGCCCUCAGAACGUUCGAAUGGAGAGAUUGCCGGAACCCUCCAGAAACCAAACUUGCAUGCAUAAUAGACCAAGAAAUGUUUAGGCAUAAUAUAGUGUUUGUUGUUGGAAGGAAUGGCCGGCUGUACCAGUAUAACAAAGUGACAGAGUUGUGGCAUGAGCAUCACCAAUCUCAGCAUUUGAUUCUAUCCAGGUUGCCAGGAACUGCCAUGAGGCCUUCGUUGUUUUCACUAACAGGUCACUUUUCAUGCUUUCAGAAGACGGUCGACUGGUUGAAUAUCACUGGAAUACAUGGGAUGGUUGGAACUGGGUGGAACAUGGCACUCCAUGCAAAGAUGCUACCUUGGUUGCUCCUCCUGGUCCAUGUUUCAAAGGGGAUCAAUUGUUUUUGAUAGGUUCAGACGGAAAUGUAUACCUAAGGUAUAAGGACCAAUCGACAUGGAGAUGGAAAAACUGUGGUUUCCCACAUGACAGAGACAAAGAUAAUGAAAAUCAAACAGAAAGGGAAGAAGUUUUUUCGGGUAACGAACAACCUGAUCCGAACGAAAAUUGUGACCCAAAGGUUGCUCCUACAAGACCAAUUCCAUUUUCUGAAGAUUCAGCUAUAUUCGAGCUGAGAGAUGGCAGAGUAAGCAAUUAAAACCAUGGUUCACCCAUGUUUCUAGUUUCCAACAUCUGAUUAACUAUCCUAAGUAACCAAAACAUAGCCAUAUACAAGUUAGCUGAAAUUCAGGAAGUUCAGGAAAGGCAAUGGAAAUGGAUUCGGAUCAUUGGCACUCCAACAAGUCCAUGCAGUGCGAGUUAUUGGAUUGCUUUGGCAUCAUGAACAAUUAACUAAUACCUCAGGAAAGUUUUUUUUUUCCCUUUACUCUUACAAUUACUACAGGAAACGUUAGAAUUUAUGUAUAAACUUGAAUUAUAUUAAACAAACUACAGAAUUUUACACAUAC